AUGUCACUUGGGAACCUUCCCCUGGCAAGUCUGGAAGUAGAAAGUUUCCACACGCGGUUCAGCGCCUGGACACCUUUUAAGAACCAGUCCUUAAACAGACAGCUCUUUCAGGAAAGAGUUACUCUCAUAAGUCACUGGUUUGACCUCUGGACCAACAAGCAACGGCAGGAAUUCUUAUUUGUGAUUCUUUCGCAAUGCUCGAAAUCACAAUUAAGGUUCAUCCAAGACUGGUUUUCAGAAAGGAAGCAGGUGGCCAGAGUGGAUUUCUCAACAGUGUUACCACGCUUCAUAUCUCUUUAUAUCUUUUCCUUUCUGAAUCCGAAAGACUUGUGUGCAGCUGCUCAAGUCAGCUGGCCCUGGAAGUUUCUAACGGAACAGGAUUGCUUAUGGAUGCCCAAAUGCACGAAGUUCGGGUGGUUUCUGCCCUAUGCUCCGACACAGAAUGAGUACGGAGCCUGGAAGCGUCACUACAUUGCCUGUGUGUCCAGCUUGGACUGGCUAACACCCAGGGAAGCUGCUGCUGUCUAUGGGACACUGAACGAGCCCAAAACAGAGGAUGAGGAACUCCAGGAGAGGCGACGAGAAAAGUGCCUGAGAAAAAUCAUUUGGGAGAAAAUCGCAUUCCGCAAGAAAGAGUUAUUCAAAGCUCGACCCCCUUGGCUGAGUGGAACGCGCUGCUCCAGGUUGCUAAAGUGUACAAGCCUGCCCGGUGGUCCUCAGCUACGGAGAGACGGGACAGGGUUCUACGAAGCCUUGGAGAGACAGUUUCUUCGGGCAUCUUUAGAUGCUUUGCCCAAGCGAAGCAAUAUCUCUGGAAGCCACUCCUACCCUUUAUUAUUAAAGAAAAACCAUCACGGGGUUGGUAGAACCGAUGACAGUCCUUCCUGUGCUUUGCCACUCCAUGUCAUCCUGAUAUCAUCGCGGAUCCCUGCAUAUGAGAUGGUGAUGGAAAGCGUCAAGCCAGGCGUCGUGGUUGUGCUGUACGAACACUGCGGAGUGACGUUGGAGGGCCUGCUUCAGCUCACAGACAGAGCUCUACAAGGGCGGAAGGCACAGGGUCUGGGGAUCUUCAGCAGUGGAAACAGCAGAGAAAUUGACCUACUGCAAGGCUAUAAAAUAUGUAUUAAAAAUGUACUGCGGCCUGAGGUGAGAGACUUCUGGGAGAAGCUAGGAAGCCGUGUAUUCACUGAAGAGGAAGGAGGACAUGUGGACAUAUUUGUGCCACUUGGAGCAUCAGAAGCAGGGAUAGACGUUCUUUCUCAGCUGUCUCGACUAACUGGCACAUUGUUCUCUGCCCCGACUGGAAUCGCAACGGGUUCGUACCAACGCAUUCUUAGUGACUGGCUGGGGCCACAUCGGGAUGGGACUCCUCUCUCUGACUACUUCAGCGAGUCCAAGCUGCAGGCAUGGUCCAGCUUCACAGAGUUCCUGGAAGACACCUUGAGGUCAGUGAGGAAAGCGUUAAAUCCGCUCUUCAAGAACCUGCAGGAGUGCAUCAGUGGCCGCAUGAUAGGGCAGUUUGUGUUUGACACUCUGGGUCUGGACUGCAUCCUAAACAACCAAGGCCCUGCACAGGCUCUGGCAGAUGGACUGAUGGAGUUGUCAAAAGAAGGGUCUGAAGGAAGUGCCACCCAAGACAACUCUCAGGACUCGAGGAAGUCAAGUCCACGCCAAAGCAACCUGAACGUGGAGGCUCUGGUUAAUCUGGAGAGAAAGCUCCAGAUGAACUCAGUAGAGAAACGAACCCGAGUGGUGAGGGAGCUUGUGCAGAGCGAGAGGCAGUAUGUACAGAUGCUGGGAAUCGUGCAGGAUGUGUACGCCAGGCCCCUGAAGGCAGCGCUCUCCUCAAACAGAGCCAUUCUGAGUGCUGCCAAUAUCCACAUCAUCUUUUCUGACAUUCUGCACAUCUUAACUCUCAACAGAUUUGGAAAUCAGUUGAACAUAUAGACCAAUUUCUUCAACAACUAUCCAGUUGUUCUGAAAACCAUCGAGAAGUGCAGAGAAAUGACACCGGCGUUUCGAGCGUUCUUGAAGAGGCAUGAUAAAACCAUUGUUACCAAAAUGCUGAGUCUGCCGGAGCUGCUUCUGUACCCAUCCCGGAGAUUUGAAGAAUAUAUUCACCUUCUCUAUGCUCUGAGACUCCAUACCCCGGCAGGACACGUGGAUCGUGGAGACCUGACCACUGCGAUUGAUCAAGUCAAAAAAUAUAAAGGCUACAUAGAUCAGAUAAAGGAAAACUUGAAGAUGAGAGAGCAGCUAUCCGAUGUACAGACACUCAUUUGUGGCUGCCCGACUUUAUCAGAAGCAAACAGAUACCUGAUUCGGACACAAGAUGUGGUUCAACUUCACUGCUGUGAUGAGAAAAUGGAUUUCUCUUUAAGGCUCUACGACCAGACCCGAGACCUCAGCCUGUUCCUCUUCAAUGAUGUACUCCUCGUUAGCAGUCGGAGUACAUCUCACACUCCAUUUGAAAAGACUUCUAAAACAACCUACCAGUUCACUGCAUCAGUGGCCCUUCACAGGCUGCUCAUAGAAGACAUUCCAGACUCCAAAUACAUCAAGAACGCAUUUAUUCUUCGAGGUUCAAAUCGUGAAUGGAUCUGCGCUACUGAGGUGUCAGGUGAUAAGCUCCUUUGGCUGUCAGUGCUCCAACAUGCCAUCAGGGGCAGUGUGGAGUAA